AUGCCAGGCCCUGAGGAGGUGCCAUCGCCCGAUAAUCGAGACUACGAGUAUCACGCAAGUCGAAAUCCUCCUGUAUUGAGUACGGUUUUCAACGCAAACUUCUACGGCUGCAACAAAGCAUGCAUCAAGUCUCAGCUUGACCUACUCUGCAUCUUUCAUGAGUGCAAAGGCCGCAACCACUGCGGCAAGUAUCGAGUCCUAGAACGCCUUCCGAAGCGUCGACGCAAAUGGGACGUCGAUCGAGACGAAGAAAAAGACGAAGCAUGGGGACUGAACGCCGUGUUCGCAGUGUCCUUCUACAAGGUGUUGUUGUAUCAUACGCUCAUUUUGGCGGGACCAAUAGUCUUUUGGGGGCUGUGGUUGAAAAAAUGGCCGAGAGACUGGCAGAAUGCGUCUGUACCGUUCUUCGCUGUAGCGGUGCUGUUGUCGUUGUUUUGGCUUCCAUUUGCGCACAACGAAAGCCCAGCGGAUAGGGAGAGGAGGUCGAAGAAUAAGUUGAUUUGA